GUAGGCGUAGCAUGAAAGGAAAAGAGAAUAGGUUCUGGCUGUUGUUGCUACACGUGGAUGUGAAAUGAGUCAGAGCAGAGCUUUGAUUGUAACAAAUUUCAUCUACUCAUUCCCACCAUGGAUUGUCAAGAAAAUGAGUACUGGGACGAAUGGGGACGGUGUGUCGCUUGCCAACUCUGUGGGCCUGGACAAGAGCUCUCCAAGGAUUGUGGUUAUGGAGAAGGUGGAGAUGCAUACUGCACAGCCUGCCCUCCCCGCAGAUAUAAAAGCAGCUGGGGCCACCAUAGAUGUCAGACUUGCAUCACCUGUGCUGUCAUCAAUCGUAUCCAGAAGGAGAACUGUACAGCUACCUCUAAUGCCGUCUGUGGGAACUGUCUGCCCAGGUUCUACCAAAAGACACGUAUUGGAGGCCUGCAGGAUCAAGAGUGUAUCCCAUGCACGAAGCAGACCCCCACCUCUGAGGUUCAGUGUGCCUUCCAGUUGAGCUUAGUGAAGGCAGAUGUACCCACAGUAUCCCCUCAGGAGGUCACACUUGUUGCACUGAUGAGCAGUCUGCUCAUGGUGUUUACCCUGGCCUUCCUGGGGCUCUUCUUCCUCUACUGCAAGCAGUUCUUCAACAGAAAUUGCCAGCGUGGAGGUUCGCUGCAGUAUGAGGCUGACGAGGCAGUGGAAGAGGAAUCUCUCUUCCCCAUGCCACCUGGCCAGGAGACCAGUCCUGAGUCCCCACUGAGUGAAAACAUCUUUGAGACCCAGGCACUUAACCCCAUCCUGGAUGACGACUGCAGUUCGACUCGUGGCUUCCCCACACAGGAGUCUUUUACCUUGGCCUCCUGUGCCUCAGAGAGCCACUCCCACUGGGUCCACACUCCCAUCGAAUGCACAGAGCUGGACCUGCGAAAGAUUUCCAGCUCUGCUUCCUAUACUGGAGCUGAGACCUUGAGGGGGAACACAGCUGAACGCUCUGGAGACAGACUGGAGCUCACUGUACCCUUUGAAGUACCCAGCCUUUUACUCUACUGAGGUCUCUUGGGCUCCUGGCAUCCCAGUCGUUCUCCCUGGACUCUCCUGCCUUGUUCCUAUACCACGACAGCAGCAGGGGCAUAGGAUGUGGUAUCCACAACAGCCUGUACUCUACAGAUGGGGCACAUCCUAUCCCCAUCCCACCAAAGUAUUGAUUCUUCAUCAUUUUCCCAAGACUGACCAGCAGCAUUUUUUGCUUUCCUAUCCUAGAUAGCUUGGAGAGCCAGAUUCCCCAGUCAUGGGACUACCAGACAUGUUCUUAGCUCAGCUUGAUUAUAGAGGAGGGGAGGGGAUGGCAAUGAAUGGGGUAGAGUUUUACUGUCUGCAUCUUUGGUCAGGUAAACCUGAAGGAGGAGCCUCUCAGUACCCUAUUGAUACAUCUGCCUAGCACUUUAGGGACAAAAUCAAACUCUUCCCUCUUUCACUCCUCUGCACUGCCCCCCUCCCCAGUACACACACACACACACCUACACACA